UUGCAUGAAAUAUUGCGUUGUUUCAGACCAAUUCGGAAAUGGAUGGAGAAGAAGAAAGACAAUUUUGGCCCAGUGGAGAUGAAAGAUCUUGCCGGCAUACAGAUACAAGACCUAGUGUGCAGGCUCGGCUAUCCAUAUGUUUAUGUUCAUCAAGGCAGUUGUGAACAUGUAUUUUACUUUACUGAUUUGCGGUUGAUGGAUGCUCAAGAUUAUCCAAUAUCAUUUCCACAAAUGCUAUCAGAUACGAGUUUCGAGCACAACUGCAAAAUUUGUCAUCGUCACAUUGCCGAAUGGAUUGUGGAAGGAGAGGAAAUGCCAGCAGAUCCAGUACAUAUGUGCGAUGGAUGUUUUACGAGUUACCACUUCGUCUAUCAACAUCGGCGUGAUUUGAAGUCAAGAGCACAUCCGUAUAUGGAUGCUUCUUGUCUCCAACUUUGA